UCGAGCACGGAUCCUCUGGUCCGCUCGCCUGUUUCACCUACGGACACUGCUCACAAGCCGCGCCGACUAUUACAUCUUGAAAUGGCUUUCGAGAUCAAUCAGUUUGCAAUCGGGGCCGUCAAGAAGCUGAUGGGCGCAGGAUUCUCCUCCAUCCUCCGCCGACGCUUCGACUCCUCCAAAUGCAAAGCUGAGGCGAGGAUGGCGAUGGCUAGGAUCAAGCUUCUUCAGAACAAGCGCGAGGCGCAGGUGCGGCAGAUGCGGCGUGAUGUCGCCCUUCUCCUCGAGUCCGGCCGUGACGAGACCGCUCGAAUCAGGUAUUGGUGAAGUUAAGCUGAAAGGCUUGAUGGAAAUAGCAAAGGAGUGCCAGGUCGAGUGGAAUCCAGCAGAAUCAGAGCAGGAGCUUCUUGUACCUCCAGAAAAAGUUAUAGUAUGCCCGAGAACUCUCUCCUGCACACACACACAAACACAGAUACGUGUGUUCAUCCUUACACAUGCAUCUGAGCAUUUGUGAUUAUAUUGCUCAAUAAACAUUGCGUAUUGUGUUUGGUCAAAUUUUAAAAUAUUUGGUCUCACUAUAUUUAAUUUUGCAGGAAUGACCACGAGCAUUGUUAAACCUAUAUUUCCUGUACAAUCAAAGGAUUUUAACAG